AUGGCCCAAGAUGUGGUGGGUGAGGACGCUAAAGCCAAAGCCAAUGCAUUAAAACCUGGUGAAUUGCUUAUGUUGGAAAAUUUACGUUUUGAAUCGGGUGAAGAAAAUGGCGAUGAUCAUUUUACCAAGUCUUUGGCAGAACUUGGAACGGCUUAUGUCAACGAUGCUUUUGGUACAGCCCAUAGAGCCCAUGCUUCCACCACUUUAAUUGCUCAAUAUUUUCCCAACAAUAAAUUUUUUGGUUUUUUAAUAACCAAGGAAUUGGAAGCCUUGGAUAAGGUUUUAAAAUCGGGAGAAUCUCCAGUUACCGCCAUUUUGGGUGGGGCUAAGGUGUCUACUAAAAUUACCAUCAUCGAAAAUAUAUUGCCCGCCAUCGAUCAUUUGAUUAUUGGUGGGGGUAUGAUAUUUACUUUUAUUAAGGCUUUGGGCGGUCAAGUGGGAAAUUCAAUGGUUGAAGACGAUAAAUUAGAAUUAGCCUUGGAUAUUUUAAACAAAGCCAAAAGCCAUGAGGUUCAGGUGCAUUUACCCGUGGAUGUUUUGGUGGCAGACGCCUUUAGCAAUGAUGCCAAUACUCAAAUAUGCGCCACCAAAUCCAUUCCCGAUGGAUGGAUGGGCUUGGACAUUGGUCCACAAGCCAUUGAAAAUUAUGCACAAGUCAUUAAAUUAUCCAAAACCAUUCUUUGGAAUGGUCCAUUGGGCGUAUUUGAAAUGUCUAAAUUUGCCCAAGGUACCAUUCAAAUGGGCCAUGCCAUUGAUAAUGCUACCCAAUUGGGCGCUUUUUCAUUGGUGGGUGGCGGCGAUAGUGUGGCGGCGGUAAAACAAUUUGGUUUUGAAAACAAAGUGAGUUAUGUAUCCACGGGUGGAGGGGCUAUGUUGGAAUCUUUAGAAGGCAUUCAAUUGCCUGGGGUUUCGGCCAUUUUAAAUUAA